AUGCUUCAUGACCACCCUCAAGAAAGUCCUCUGAAUUCGCCCUUUUUUUCCAAGUCCCCACACUACCCACUUGAAAUAAAUUCGGUCUAUCGUCCUAAAUUUUCAAAAAUCAUCUGUGAUAAAUUUUUCAACAAACCAUUCUACCAGCGUGAAAAUAAAGUCCCUCAAGAUAAGGAGGAAGAGGAAGCCAAAACUAAGGUCGAUCAAGUUAUGAAACAGUCUAGUGGGAAGGAAAAUGCCAUGGCUACUGACAACUCCGCUGAUUCUGAGGUAUCUGCAAGGGAACUGAAUAUUCCAGAGGAUUCUGAUGGACAUGCUGAGCCCUUAUGUAAUGACGAACCGAAAUUGGAGGUCGUUAACAAGGAUGUCAGUGAAAAAAAUCAGAGUCCUUCAAAUGUUCCGAUAAAGGUUGUGAACAACGCGUUGUCUAGUGGAACGAAACGAAAGGAUGGUGUAGGACAGCAUUUGGUGCAUAAAAGGGGACCGACUAAUGGAACUGAGGCUGCUGCACAAUCUCAGGCGCUAUUUCAACAGCAGUUAUUUGGUGCUCCAUUCCCUCAAAUUCAACCAAUUUUUGUUCCCUCUGGCCUACCUUCCUUUCCAACACCGUCUUUAACUGCACCACUUGCUCCGUUUCCAACCGGGCACCCAUUUAUCGCGAACCAGCGCUUCAAAUUUAACCCUAAUGUUCAGGACAAAGGUGCUGAUGCUUCCGCCCAGGUAUCGCAGAAUGGCCCGACAUCUGGUGCUGGUUGCUACGGUGUUCCUCAAAACAAUUCAGGCAAAGAAUAUUACGUGAUGGUUCAUGUUGACGCUGGAGAAGUGUUCUCAAUUCGUAUCGGCGACCAUGUGCAGCAUAUUCCUGGUAGGUAUCCUUGA